AUUGCUGAUUUGAUAAUGCUCUCAUAAUAUAUAUUCUUGUGUGGCAUCGUUCAAUACCAUCAUGAUUAUCAGAGUUUCUAUAUUGUCUCUUUUUGUUCUUAUAAGGCUGACCAUUUUCUGUCACGGACAUUUGAUGAAAAUAAGUGAUCAAAACAGAAGCAGCGAGAGGGAAACCUCAUCAGAAAACAUGCCUGCAAAAUUACACGAAAGUUCAACUGAUAUACAAACAAGCGAACUUUCAAUCACUUCACAAUUUCAUGGACAGUGGUUCCCGGAUGCACUUCCAAGAAAUAAUCUAUGGACAAAUCCAUUUUCAGUGCUUCAAACAACAAUUUCUUAUCCACAUUUGAAUUCAUCUAAAACUACUCCUCAAAUCUGUCAGUAUUGUUCCCUUGCUGAACUAUUCUACAAUGAUGCCUGCACUGAAUGGCCUGUAAAAAAAUUCAAAACAUCAAACAGACCCAAAGAACCUAGCUCAGAAGAAAUUUCCUAUCCAGGUGAAAAGUUUCCUAUUAAUAUAAACGUUUCAGAGGACCUAGAAGAGAGACAUGUUUUCGAUUAUUAUGGGAAAGUGUUCCGAAGACUGACGUGCCUAAACGGUUUUCAGUUUAAGGAUGAGUAUUGUGUUUAUGCGGAUAUCAAUUCCACUUUGAAUGUGAAAGCUACACUUAUCAUCAACCAAAAUCCUUUGAUUGGAAAGAGAAAAGAAUAUUCCAGAAAACAGUUAUUUAGAAUAGCUCAACUACUUUACAAAACAUUUUCCGUGUUUAAACUUUCUCGGAUUCUUCAUAUUGCUAUUUAUCAAAAUUUAUUAAACACAUCUGAGUUGAAU